GGGGCGGGAGCCGGCGCGGCGGCGGCGGCGGAACGGCAGCGGCGGAGCGGAGCGGCCCCGGGCAUGCUCCCGGAGCCCAAGUAUGACCGCUUCCGCGACGAGCCGCUGACCGCCCCUAUGCCGUCGCCGGUCCCCGGGCCGAGCCCCGCGGCGGGCGAGGAGCCCGAGCCCGGUACCACCUUCUGCGCGCUGCUGCCGCGGAUGCCGCAGUGGAAGUUCCCCGGUCCCGGCGGCUUCCUCGGUCGCGGCCCCUCCGCCGGUACCGGUGGCGGCCGGGACCUGUCAGCGCCGGCCCGGGCGGGCCCCCCCUCGGCGCUGGCCGCCGUGUUGGCCGCCUGCGAGCCGCUGUGCCCCGCCGCGCCGUGCGCGCUGCCGGCGGGCGGUCGGGCGCGGGGGGCGGCGGGGCGGGCGGCGGCGGCGGCGGCGGGGAACCGGCCGGGCGCGGAGGAGUGGAGCCGCAAGGGCAGCUUCAUCCGCAAACCGGCGCAGGGCUGGCUGCACCCCGACGAGCGGGUGCUGGGGCCCGGCGUCUCCUACAUCGUCCGGUACAUGGGGUGCAUCGAGGUGCUGCGCUCCAUGAGGUCCCUCGACUUCAACACCCGCACACAGGUCACCAGGGAAGCCAUCAAUAGACUGUAUGAAGCGGUACCGGGCGUGAAGGGCAUCUGGAAGAAGAAGGCCCCCAACAAAGCCCUUGUCUCCAUCCUGGGCAAGAGCAACCUCCGCUUUGCCGGCAUGAGCAUCGCUGUCAACAUCUCCGUUGAUGGGCUGAACCUCAUGAUCCCCACCACACGCCAGAUCAUCGCCAACCACCACAUGCAAUCCAUCUCCUUCGCCUCCGGUGGGGACACGGACACCACAGACUAUGUCGCCUACGUCGCCAAGGACCCCAUCAACCAGAGAGCCUGCCACAUCCUGGAGUGCUGCGAGGGGCUGGCGCAGAGCGUCAUCAGCACAGUGGGACAGGCCUUCGAGCUGCGCUUCAAGCAGUACCUGCACAGCCCCCCCAAGGUGGUGGUACCCCCGGACAGGGCGCUGGGUGCGGAGGACUCGGCCUGGGGGGAGGAUGAAGAUGCGGCCGAACACGAUUAUUACAACAGCAUCCCGGGGAAGGAGCCGCCCCCGGGCGGGCUCAUCGACUCCCGGCUCCGGCACGGCACCAGCCUGGCCCACAUCCGCACUCAGCCCUCCGGCUCCAUCCCCUCCAGCCAGGGUGGGUUUGCAGCCAGGCGAGACCAGAGCAGCCAGCCAGGGCCAGCCUGGGACCUGGAGAGCCAGGGCCAGCCCGGGGAUGGGUACCUGCAGGCCGAUGGCCACCCCUUGGGACCACGGGACUACGAGGAGCACAUGUACGUGAACACACAGAGCCUGGAUGCCUGGGAGCCAGAGGCAGCGGCGGCUCGAGGGGUGCCGGAGGAGAGCCCCAAAAAGGACCUCUUUGAUAUGAGGCCGUUCGAGGAUGCCCUAAAGCUCCACGAGUGCAUUGUGGGGGGCAGCAGCAGCCCCCCCAUCGAGGACCAGUGGCCGAGCCCUCCGACGCGGAAGGCUCCCAUUGCCCCCACUGAGGAGCAGCUCAGGCGGGAGCCGUGGUACCACGGGAAGAUGAGCCGGAGGGAUGCGGAGAGGCUCCUGCAGAUGGAUGGGGACUUCCUGGUGCGGGACAGCCUCACCAACCCAGGGCAGUACGUGCUGACCGGCAUGCACAGCGGGCAGCCCAAGCAUCUGCUGCUGGUGGAUCCCGAGGGAGUGGUGAGGACCAAGGACGUGCUGUUCGAGAGCAUCAGCCACCUCAUCAGCCACCACCGGCAGAACGAGCAGCCCAUCGUGGCCGCCGAGAGCGAGCUGCACCUCCGCCAGGUUGUCCAGAGGAAGCAGUGACACCGGGGGGUACGUGAGCCCCCGACCCGCGGCCCUGGCACCGGACUCACCCCAGCCCUGGGGUAAAGCCAGGGUCCCCUGCGCUCCCCUCCUCUGGUUGUGCCUGGCCCCACACCCUGGGAUCAGGCUCCCCAUUCCCCCCUCCAUGGUCCGCAUGGGGCCCUUUUCCCAGCCGGACACGAAGACGUUUAUCCCACGUGUGCAGGUGAAAUGGUGCCGGGUGGGAGCCGGGAGCUGCUGUGGCGCUGCCAGCCCCGGCGCCGGCUCCAUCCCGACGCAAGGAAUUGGUCUCUGGGCUAUCAUGGAGCAAACAGGGUUGGGGCUGGUGCCAGGAGCCUCAUCCCAGGGUGGGAUGGGGCAGGCAGGCUUGGCGUGUGUGUGUGCGUGUAUCCAUGUGCGUGCGUGUAUCCGUGUGUGUGUAUCCAUGUGCAUGUGCAUCCGUGUUGGUGCACAGGUAUGUGAGGAGCACCCUUGCCCACCGAGCUGUGCCUCUCGCCCAGCGCUGCUGCUCAGGACCCAGCUCCCUGCCUCGGUCCCUCCUCUCUGCCAGGACAUUCAGGGGGUGCCCCAAUCCAUGGGGUCCCCUAUCAGUGUGGGCUGCAGCCCCUGCCUUGUCUCUGCCUAUGGGGCUGGAGGUCCCUGUUGGUCCCACAUUUCCAGCUGGAUUCUCCCCAGGAGCGGCUGCCAUGAGGGUUCCCGGUGCCCCCGAGCCCCCACAGCCCUCCCCAGGCUGGGGCCGGGAUGAAGGUGCUGUGGGGAAGGUGCAGGGCAGGGGUUUGCUCCUGGCUCUGGCUUGUAAGGCCAAGGCUGGAGACGUGUCCCAAGGCCUCUGGGACAUCCCUGCUUCUCCUGGGGCUUGGGCAGGUUUUUAUGGCAUACACAGCCCUUGUCCAGCGUGUCUGGGGCUCGUGCUUUGGAAUACGUUUCUAAUUAAACCUGGAAAUGAGGAA